UAUGCACUAUUGCACUAUUGCACUACUGCAGUGGCAGUGUUUAGUCAGUGUUGGUGUUGUGCUUAUUAAAAUUAUUGUUAGUCGUUACAUAUUAUAUAGUUGUUACGAUUUCUUUUUUAUCGCCACAGCAGUAUUAUCUGCUACCGUUCCUAUAGUCAAUACUGGCAGGUCCAUUUGACAUUUAGUUUUAGUAUUCGUCGAUCGUCCGUUCCGUUUGUUAACAUGUCUGCGGUGCGCGCGUGACACGACGGUGUAUUGCGAGUCGUUGUCGGUGUUUACGUACGUGCGUGUGUGUGCCUUGAAUACCUAUUUUCGUUUAUGUGAAUCGGUCGAUCAUGUUGGGCUGGCUGAGGAAAGAUGACGGUAAGAAGAUCGAGACGUACGAGUCUGUCCUGGACGGGCUACGGGAGAAGUACAAGUCCAAACUGUUGCCCCUGGAAUUGGCCUACCAGUUUCAUGAUUUCCACUCUCCGCAGCUGGACGACCCUGACUUUGACGCCAAGCCGAUGAUACUACUGGUCGGCCAGUAUUCCACGGGAAAAACUACGUUCAUCAAACACCUCCUAGAAUCUGAUUUUCCAGGCAUUCGCAUUGGGCCCGAACCCACUACUGACCGUUUCAUAGCAGUAAUGUAUGAUGACAAUGAAUCGAUUAUUCCAGGCAACGCGUUGGUAGUAGACCCAAAACGACAAUUCAGACCUCUGUCAAAAUUCGGCAACGCAUUCCUCAAUCGGUUUCAGUGUUCUUUAGUGAACUCGCCUGUCCUAAAGGGUAUCUCAAUAGUUGAUACCCCUGGUAUUCUAUCAGGAGAAAAACAGAGAGUUGACAGAGGUUAUGACUUCACCGGUGUAUUAGAGUGGUUUGCUGAGCAUGUGGAUAGAAUUAUUUUGCUUUUUGAUGCUCACAAGUUGGACAUAUCGGACGAAUUCCGUAGAUCAAUAGAAGCACUACGAGGUCACGAUGAUAAAAUUAGAAUUAUUUUAAAUAAAGCUGAUAUGAUUGAUCACCAACAAUUGAUGCGUGUUUACGGAGCACUGAUGUGGUCCUUGGGAAAAGUUCUUCAAACUCCCGAAGUAGCCAGGGUUUACAUUGGAUCUUUUUGGGACAAACCAUUACGAUAUGAUGGUAACAGAAGAUUAUUUGAAGACGAAGAACAAGACUUGUUCAAGGACCUGCAGUCUUUACCGGGAAACGCGGCGUUAAGGAAACUAAACGACUUGAUAAAACGUGCGAGAUUGGCUAAAGUUCACGCUUACAUAAUCAGCGCGUUACAUAAAGAAAUGCCGGCUCUUUUCAGGAGAGACGGCAAGAAAAAAGAAUUGAUCAAAAACCUUGGCACUAUUUACCAAAAUAUCCAGAAAGAACAACAGAUUUCACCAGGAGAUUUUCCCGAUCUCAAAAAAAUGCAGGACGUACUGGUGAACUUAGAUUUUAGUAAAUUCCAAAGUCUUAAACCACAUCUGUUAGAAGAGGUCGAUAAGAUGCUUGCCAACGAUAUCGCUAAAUUGAUGGCUAUGAUCCCUUUGCAGGACAUGCAUAACCGUAAGAUGAAUAACGGAGACGCCGAACAACAGCAGCAACAGCAGGCGGUAGUCAAAGGUGGCGCAUUUGUGAGCGUCCAGGACACCGCAAGCCCGUUCGGGUACAAGAGGGGAGAGGGUAUCGACGCUGGCAAGGGCGAAACUGGUUGGGUAGUGGCCAAAGAGCGGCAAAAGUACGAUGCGGUGUUCAACACGCUGGAGAAGUCUGACGGAAAACUAUCCGGAGCGGUGGCCAAAGCCGAAAUGGUCAAAUCGAAACUGCCCAACUCAGUCCUGGGCAAAAUAUGGAAGUUGUCAGACAUCGAUCACGACGGUUUUCUGGACAUGGAUGAGUUCGCGUUGGCAAUGCAUCUGAUACAAGUGAAGCUGGGCGGGCACGAUUUGCCCAUCGAAAUACCCGAACACUUAAUUCCUCCUUCAAAAAGGGACGUUUAGCAAUAGACAAAAAUAAAAAUAGGAAUCCUAUGUACAUUAUAAUAAUAUAUAGUAGACACAACACCAACACACAAUAAAAAUUGUACUCGACUGUACAUCUAAUAUUAUAUAUUACAUAUGCAAUGCGAUUUUUGUAUACAUAUUAAAUAAUAUGUAUGUAUCGUGUACGUUAAUUUAUUUGUAUAUUUAUAUAGUCAAUUGAACGAAAUACGUAGCACAGAACCCCCCCCCCAUGCCAAGUCCAUCAAACAUUCGAGUACCUACGCUCCGUCGCUUCUAGGAGUUAAAAUGAAAUAAUUAGGUUCACGUGUUAUGAUCAUUGAAUGGCGAUCGAAGUUAUUCAAUACAUAAUAUUUUAGAUAAUGUUUUUUUAUAUCAUAUAUAAUAAUAUUAUACUACCUAAACUGUGUGAUGAAAAAGUGUUGCUUUUUUGUUGUCAUUAUUUUUGCAGCAUUUAAUUUUUAUAUCGAUUUCGCAGCAACCAUGUGAUAUUUAUUAUUUAUUAUUAUAUAUUUUAUUAUUAUAUACUUAAAACGAGAAGAAAACGUCUAUUUUGUUCUAUCAUUGAUAAAUUAUACGCUAUUCUAAUGUAGAUCAUACGAUGUAAAUUAAAUUAAUGUUUUGUAAUACAAACAGACUUAUAUCGUCCAGUGUUUUUGCCCAAACAACAUAUUAUAUACGUGGUGUUAGCCGAGACCAAUAAUAAUAUAUGAUUUUUUUUAUAUAUA